AACUAAGUGCUCCCAUCCAAAAAAAACUCGUGUGUUAGUUUUUUGUGUGAUCUCCUCAAGAACGAAGUUGAAAAAAUCUGCCUGUGCCUGGUGCUCGCUCUAUCACAGGAAACAAUAUAUUCGCCAUAUAAAAGAAAAUUAGAAAAAAACUACUCAAGAAAAACAAAAUAAACAUUAAUUUUGAGUGUGUUCUAUUUUUAAGUAUAAUAGAAAAAUGUUAUAUGUUUAUUAAAAUGAAACCAACAAAAACAACCACACAAAUGUAAAGUGUUAACUUUUUUGUUGUUGAUUACACUUUCCACAUUUUUCUUUAACUAAACAAAAAUACAAAAAAAAAAUACUAUUCAACAUGACAACGAUAAUGGAAGAAAAUAAAAUUAUUAAAAAUGACUUAAACAUCGACUCUAUUAAACAUUAUUGUCGUGUGUGUACUUUCAAUACUAGAAGCAAAAAACCCCGAUCCGAGGACCAAAGUAUUGGGAUAUUCAAAAAAAUUGGCCUCAAAUCGGUUCUGGAAAAGUUCCUCCAUCUGGAACUUUCAGAAGAUGACCCACUGCCAAAGUCAAUAUGCAAAAAAUGUUUUGACAAAAUUAUGGCCAUUGAAUUUCUUCAAGUUGUUGCCAAACGUAGUGAGAAACUUUUUAAAGACUUUCUUACAAAUAGAUCUCCUGAACAAGUUGUUACAAUACAAGACAAUUAUAAAACUGGCAACUUUGUCAUACCGCCACCAAGAAAAUUGGAAAACCAACCAGAGGAAGUGGUGGUUAAUGUUUCGAUGUCAGAUCCUUUGACAAAGGACAUUAAGAAAAAAUUACAAGUAGCUCAAAGCAAGAGAGACUCGAUAGGAAUGGCAUUUACACCUGAUCAUAUAAAUCGUAAUGCUGUAACUAGCAGUCCAAUUACUCAAGUUCCAGUUACAAUUGUCCAUCGAAUGCCUAAAAAGCGAAAGGCAAUUCCAAACCCACUAGAGGGUAAUCAAAUUGUUCAAAUUCCUACUCCUGCUCCUCCUCCUCCAUACAGUAACACUACAACGGUUACAUUAGAAAAUCCUCCAAAAAAGAAGAUGUUACCAAUUGAACCCAAAAUUAAUCCAACUUCUCCACUAAGGCACAUAUCUGAAGCUCCUGUUAUACCACAAAAUGUUGAAAUUCAUCCUGUGGUCACAGGAAAUCCACAAGCCAUGGGACAUGGUAUGCCACUUGGCAGUAUUAUCAAAGACGUAGAUCUCUUAAAGUUGAUUCUGAAAGCCUUGAAAUGGCCUUACAACAGUCAAACACUUGACAUUCAAAUACAACGUCUCAAAGAUACCAAUUUCAAUGAUAUCAUUGUGGAUCCAAAUCUUCUCCAAGAUACAGAUCUCAUACAAAUUCUUGGUCCACUCUUAGCACCUCUUCCAGUUACUAUGCAACAACAAACCUAUCACAUAACUAUUCCACCAGAAACGCUGGACGUUCCACCAACAACCAUGUCAUACAAACUGCCGGCUGAGACAUCAGUCCAAAUAAUCACUGUUCCUGCUGCCGAAAAAGAAGACCCCAACAAACUUCAACGAAAAAAAAGCCAUAUAAAAAGUUAUGUGAACCGCAAGAAGUUUCACUCUCGUCCAGGAUACACUCCUCCUGUUAUAGUUGUUUCGGAUGAAAGUGACGAUGAUCAAUCGUUGAAGACAAUCUCUGCCAAUGAAGAAAUUCCUAACUUUGGAGUUCAACUUGAUCCAGCAGUGUAUCCGGGAGUUGGAGAGAACUCGAAUAGCAAUGAAGCGAUGCUGGCGAAGCUCAAUCGUCAGCGAGAGGCUAUGAUGCGUAUGCACCGAAGUAAACGGAAACAAAGUUUGAAUUGUGCUAAGAACGUAGAAAUGGUAGAUGACAUUAUGAUAGUGGACGAAGGCUUCCAUGUGAAUGAACCAUAUCACAAUGUUGUGCUAACACAGAAAACUCGAGAAACUCAUGAUUCACGACCGGGAACAUCAUCCAAAUCUGGAGUGAAUAAGGGUUUAACCCUAGAAUCCGUAAAGAAAGAUCAUGCUUCUUCUACGGUUCAUGCUCGUAUCAAAAAUCCACCUGCAGCACAUUCAAAUCCAUCUACUUCUAUGAAAGUGGUUCAACGCAGUUCAUCAGAUUAUAUAAGUCCAGAAAAAGCCCAACCGGUACGUGGCUUUGUCAAGCUAAAAGAAGGUUCAACCUUACCACCGCUUAAGAAAGUAAAAGUAGUAUCAAGGACUCCAAGUUAUGUCCAAGUUAAAGAACCCUCAAAACUCGCAUAUACCACAGUAGCAGAUGCUGACUCGACAACAAAAAUUGUGAUAAAAGAUUCAAAAGCUCCAAAACCCGCCAAAUAUUGGAAGUUCGGUAGCAGAAUAUCGAAAGAUAAAAAUGGCGCACAAAUUCAAACAUCUGAAUCUGCUGAAUCUGGCGAGCAGAGUGCUGAGAUUGCUAAAAAAGAAGAAGAUAAAGAAAAGAAAAAUGAAGACGAUGUUGUAGUUUAUGUGGAAGAAGAAUCUGCUAAAGAAAAAAAAGAAGAAUCUUUACCGGAGAAAAAGAAAUCUCCGAAAAAGACGCCCAUAGUCACUCGUCCUAAAUCUUUGAAGAAAAAUGAAUACAAAAUUCUUGGCACUUAUUAUAUAAGCGAUGAUGAAAUGGAACAACUUCAUGUUGAUGAAGAACCAUCAAAGGAAAUGGAACCUUCUAUUGACGAAGAACAACAAACUGCAACUGCAGUGGAUGAGCCAUUAGAAGAGUCUUCUUUAAAAGCGACAACAUCUGUGGUAGAGGAUUCAUCGAUUGAAACUAAAAAUGAUGAGUCAAAACCAAGUGAAGUUGAAUCGCCUGAGAAAGAGGAAGAAGAAAAAGAAGCUAGUAGUAUUGAACUGCCAGCAAUUGAGAUUAAAUCGGAAGAUAAUGAAAUUGAUAUUAAAAAGGAAGAAUUAGAAUCUGAUGAAGUGAAGACAAAUGAAAGCGCAGGAACGCCUAAAAAACCUCAAAGAAAUUUUGUUGCUAGUAAAACUACAAUUAAAACGGAAAUAAUUAAAUCUACUCGUUCUUCAACGAAGCGGAAAGUUAUCCCGAAGGAGGAAGAAGCACCGAAAGAGACAACGGGAACCUUUAGACCAGCAAGAAAAAGUAAAACACUGUCUAAAUAUUACAAAGGACCACCACUGUCUGGAACAGCAGGUCGAUCUAUGAGAUCAAGAACAUGAUAAAGAAAAACAACAACAAUUUUGCUGUGCAUAGUUGUAUGAUAAACAUAAAUCAUACUUGUAAAUUAUUAUGAAAUUCAUCAUCUCGUAGUACAAUAGAAGUCAUACAUAGUUUAAUUAAGUUCAAAUUUUAAUUUUAUUAUUUUUGAAAUAUUUUAAGUUAGAUUUUAACGUGUUAUAAAUUAGACUUAAAUUUAACGGUUUGUUAUGGAUAAAAAUGAACUAUUCUAAAAA